GUGAGUGUGCUUAUCCCACAAACCCCGACUGCCGCGGGGGCCAGCGCUCCCAGCUGUCCUUUCUUCACUUCCCAAACAUCUCACACAGCUAGAGAUUUUCAAUACCAAGUUCUGCAGCACAUUCCACGCCAUUAAUCAUCUUCCAACGUUGAUGGAAAUAAAAGUGUAUCAAGCUGAUCUGUAUUUUUCCCUUUCAGGAGGCACACAGCGGUACUGAACUCCUUGCCGCAACAGAUUGCCGAGCCGGGCGACGGCGCAGAAAUGAGAUAAAACAUGACAAAGCACACUGUCCUUGACAGGCAAGCAAAGGGAAAAAAAAAAGCUAACAAAUUUCUGCCUCGGGUUCAGAAACACUUGUGAAGCAGGGCACGAGCCUGGUGUAGUACAGUAGUAGUAUAUAACAUCUAACACGGCUCAGGUACAAAGCCCUGACAAGCUCGGAGCCCACAGAAGCAGGCAGGGUGUCCCGACGGUGGGAGUGACCGCGUGCCCCAAUCUUGCGGCAAUCGCCCCGCUGCUGCCGGAUCGCAGUCCGGCUCCUCCGCCGGGUACGAGGAGAGUUAACUCCGGUGCCGCUCAGCCCUGCGCGCUGCCAUUGGGCAACCACGGCGUCCAUCAGCUCUAGGAAGUGACUGCACGAGGAAGGCUUCUCUGCAGGCAGCACCCCGUACACACGGAAGGAGAGAGGAAAAAGCGGAGGAGCGCGCACCCCUUUCAUCAGUGAGAAAAAUCACAAGCACCAGGACGAUGAAGUCGUACCAGAAGCUGACGACAGCGGUGCCACAGCCGGCGGCAUGCUGGGUGGAGGAGGAAGGGGCUGCCCCGACACCCGCCGGCCGUGGGAAGCUGGCCCCGUGGUGGGUGGGCAGUGGGCUGCUGGUGGCCGCCGUGCUGCUGAGUGCCAUCACCGUCUGGGUGCUGCGGCAAGUAUCGGGGGGCUGGCCCGGACCCAUGCUGCCCCCCAAAUGUCUCCUGGUACCCGAGAGCCACCGCUUUGACUGCUACCCGGAGCGGCGCGUGGUGGUGACCCAGGAGCUCUGUGAAAGCCGGGGGUGCUGCUUCAUUGAGAGUCCCCCGCUGGCGGGGGGCAAGCGGGGGGUGCCCUGGUGCUUCUACCCCCCUGACUUCCCCAGCUACACCCUGGAGAGCCUCAACCAGACAGCGCUGGGCAUGGUGGGGCUGCUGGUGCGGAGGGAGAAGGCCUAUUACCCCCGGGACAUCGAGAUGCUGAGGCUGGAUGUGGAGUUUGAGACCGACACACGACUGCACAUCAAGAUAACAGAUGCGGCCAACCCGCGGUACGAGGUUCCCCUCGAGGUUCCCCGGGCGAUGAAGAGAGCAGAAAACCCCAUCUACAGCCUGGACCUCUCCCGGGACCCCUUUGGGGUGCUGCUGCGGCGCAGGGCGACAGGGACGGUGCUGCUCAACACCACCGUGGCCCCCUUGAUCUUCGCUGACCAGUUUCUCCAGAUAGCCACAUCGCUCCCGUCCAAGUUCCUCUACGGGCUGGGGGAGCACCGUGGCACCCUUCUGCACAGCCUGGACUGGAACACCCUCACGCUGUGGGCACGCGACGUCCCCCCCACGGAAUCGUUCAACCUCUACGGCGCUCACCCCUUCUACCUGCUGAUGGAGGAGGGCGGAGAUGCUCACGGGGUUUUCCUCCUCAACAGCAACGCGAUGGAGGUGGCCCUGCAGCCUGCUCCGGGCCUGACCUGGAGGACCAUCGGGGGGGUGCUGGAUUUUUACAUCUUCCUGGGGCCCGAUCCCAACAUGGUUAUCCAGCAGUACCAGCAGGUGAUAGGUUUCCCAGCCAUGCCACCCCUCUGGGCGCUCGGCUUCCACCUCUGCCGUUGGGGCUACGGAUCCAGCAACGAAACCUGGCAGACCGUGAGAGCCAUGAGGAACUACCAGAUCCCCCAGGAUGCACAGUGGAAUGACAUCGAUUACAUGGAUGGGUACCGGGACUUCACCUUUGAUCCCCAGAAGUUUGUCUCCCUCCCCUCGCUGGUGGAAGACCUCCACAAACAUGGGCAGCACUACGUUAUGAUCUUGGAUCCCGGCAUCAGCAGCACCAACCCUCACGGCUCCUACUGGCCUUUCGACGAAGGCUUGAAACGGGGCUUGUUCCUCAACACCACCCAAGGGCAGCCGCUCAUCGGGCAGGUCUGGCCCGGCUUCACUGCCUUCGCAGACUUCUCCAACCCGGACACGCACCAGUGGUGGCUGGAGAACCUGCAGCGCUUCCAUGCCCACGUGCCCUUCGAUGGCCUCUGGAUCGACAUGAAUGAGCCGUCCAACUUCAUGGAUGGGUCUGAAGACGGCUGCCCCCCGGGAGAGCUCGACAGCCCACCGUACACCCCGGCCGUGCUGGGCGAUUCCCUCUCUGCAAAGACGGUGUGUGCCUCGGCGAAGCAGAAAGCCUCGGUGCACUACAACCUCCACAACCUCUACGGGCUGAUGGAAGCCAGAGCCACGGCGAGCGCAUUGAUCCAGAUCCGGGGGAAGCGCCCCUUCGUCAUCUCCCGCUCCACCUUCCCCAGCCAGGGCCGGUACUCGGGGCACUGGCUGGGUGACAACCGGAGCCAGUGGAAGGACAUGUAUUAUUCCAUCCCAGGGCUGCUGAGUUUCAGCCUCUUCGGCAUCCCGCUGGUCGGGGCGGACAUCUGCGGCUUCUCCGGCAGCACCUCGGAGGAGCUGUGCACCCGCUGGAUGCAGCUCGGUGCCUUCUACCCCUUUGCUCGCAACCACAACACCCAGAACGAGAAGGCCCAGGACCCGACGGUGUUCAGCCCCGCGGCGAGGACGGCCAUGAAGGACGUGCUGCUGACCCGCUACUCCCUCCUGCCCUUCCUCUACACCCUGUUCCACCGUGCCCACCUGCAAGGGGACACCGUCGCCCGGCCCUUGUUCUUUGAGUUCCCCUGGGAUGUGGCCACCUUGGGGCUGGACAGGCAGUUCCUGUGGGGCCGGAGCCUGCUGGUGACACCGGUGCUGGAGCCUGGGGUGGACUCGGUCACGGGCUACGUCCCCCGAGGCGUGUGGUACGACUUCUACACGGGCUCCUCGGUGAACAGCAGCGGGGAGAUGAUGAAGAUGUCAGCUCCCCUGGAGCACCUCAACCUGCAUGUCCGGGAGGGUGCCAUCCUGCCCACCCAGAAACCGGCGACCACCAGCGAGGCGACCCAAGGGAACCCCCUGCGCCUCAUCGUGGCUCUGUCUUCGAGUGCCACUGCCUGGGGGGACCUCUUCUGGGACGAUGGCAAGAGCCUGGACACCUUCGAGCGGGGCAGCUACUCCUACCUGGUGUUCAACGUCACGCAGAACAUCUUCACCUCCACUGUCCUCCAUGCCAGCACCGAGGCCACUGAGGUCACCAUCAGCACACUGAGCAUCUUUGGGGUGCGGGAGCCGCCCAGCAAGGUCCUCCUGAACGGCCAGGAGAAGCCCUUCUCCUACCUGAAAAACCAGGUUCUCACCGUGAGCAACCUUGGCCUCAGCCUCAGCCAGGGCUUCUCCCUGCAGUGGCUGUGAGGGGGGGCCGCGGGGUCACCCCCACCUUGCCGAGACCACCCGUCCGGGAGCUGCUGGAUGCUCCAUCCCUCAGGGCCAGGGUGCUGCCGCGGAGGGGCGGUGGGCACCGUCACCCGCUGCUGUGCAGCCCCCCCGCCAGCACGGCUGGGGACGGGGGGCACGGGGAGGGGGGGGCUUGGCCGCCGGGUGUCCCGCGCGUGGUCCCGGGUGGGCGGCGUGGGUCGAGCUGUGGGUGCCCGUGGUCCCCUGCUGCAAUAAAGGCACGUGGAGAGCUUGUC